UUUUUGGCGGGCGGAGCGACGCUGCAUACAACUGCCGUGAUGUCAUCUUCAAUGCGACACAACUCACAAAACACACAACAACAAUGGAGGAUGUGGAAGCCAUCGUGUCCUUGCUUCUUGGUAUGUGGUUUUUUAUCACAGCAAGAAGGAAAACUUUGUUUCGGAAAAGGCUGCUUAUAGCAAGACGUAAUACAGAAGAAGCUGAGGGGAGACUUAUGGCAAUCGUACAACGCGGCAGAGACUACUCCAGGACGACUCAACGACAACGCUACUCGAAGUUAGGUUGCCACCGCAGACCAUGUGUUUGGAUGCUUGACCGAGCAACCGAGUGGUGGGGUGUGAUUGUUCCAUCUUUCACACACACUCAGUGGGUGGAGAACUUCAGGAUGUCUGAGGAAACCUACGUAUACCUGUGCAACAAACUGCGGCCAGCGAUGGAGAGACAGGACACAACAUUCCGCGAGUGUAUACCUCUAAAGAAGAGGGUGGCCAUCGCACUGUGGAAGCUUUCUACCGGCUCAGAGUAAAGAAGCAUUGGACUUAUUUUCGGAGUGAGCAGGACUACUGUGUGCCGGUGUGUGCAAGACUUCUGUGCUGCUGCAGAGACGUUGUUGGUACCGGAACUAAUUCGUUCACCAGACCGGGAGCAGUUUGCAGAAAUGGCUGCCUACACUGAGAACAGGUGGGGGCUCCCACAGUGUGUAGGUGCUAUUGAUGGAUCACACAUACCCAUCUUGGCACCACAGGAAUACCACUGUGACUAUUUCAACCGUAAAGGCUGGCACUCCAUCCUCCUUCAAGGAGUUGUAGAUGGAAAGGGACAUUUCUGGAAUGUGUUUGCAGGAAUGCCCGGGAGCUUGCAUGACGCUCGGGUUUUGAGGCUGUCCUCAUUGUGGGAGUUAGCCAGUCGUGGCAACUACUUUCCACCUUGCACCAGGGACAUUGGUGGGGUGAAUGCUGGCCAUUACAUCCUGGGAGACAAUGCCUAUCCCUUGCAAAACUGGCUCAUAAAAACGUUCCCUGACAAUGGACGGCUGACAGCAGAACAUGUGUUCUACAACAAGAGAAUUUGCAGCGCACGGGUAGUGGUAGAAAACGCUUUUGGUAGACUGAAGGGAAGGUGGCGUUGCCUCAUGAAAAGAAAUGACUGUGAUGUGAAACUUGUUAAAUCCAUGGUGCUGACAUGCUGUGCUCUGCAUAACCUCUGCGAGAGUCAUGGAGAGACCUAUGAUGAUGGGUGGGAUGCACCAGCAGCAGCAGAGCCAGGGGUAGCAGUGGCACAAGGUGCAGAGGAGGAGGGCACUGAAAUACGAGAGGGUUUGAUGCGCUACCUGAAUAGCUAAAUAUUCAUUGUAUACAGGAAACUUGAAUGUUUUGGUUCAUAACAUCAUGGUUCAGUAAGUUGAUAUACAUUUCUUGUGUUUGUAAUUAUAAACACGACAUUGAAAGAUUGUGGGCCAUUAAGGCUAGUGACAUUUUGUUUUGUUUUUAUUAUUACUACAUUGUAUUUAACAUAAAUAAAUCUAUUUUUCUCUUU